GUCCCCGGGGGCGGCGGGCGCCCCUCGCCCUCGCCCCGCCGCGGGGCCGGGCGGCCGCAGCCGCGGCGCCGCCGACACCUUACUUCCUGCUUCGCUACCCAGGGCCAGACCCAUCGCGGCGGAGGGAUCCCGCCGCCUCCCGCAGCCUCCUCCCCCUUCUGCUUCUGCUUCCCCCCCCGUUCCCUUUCCCCCUUUCCCCUCUCUCUCCUGCAAGAAAAUAAUUUGACAGCGAUUUGCUGACACCGGGAAUUUUUUUUUUUUUUUUCCCCCUCCUUCUUCUUCUUUGCAUCACGGACUCGGCAAAGGCAGCGCGGCGGGCGGGGGAGGCCGUGCCGGAGGAUGAGCGCCGUACUGUAAGUGAAGUAGGACCGAGCCCGGGCAGCUCUGUAAUAAAUUAAUAUCGCAAUUGGUCCCUCCUCGCCGACACCGACAUAAGCCCCGCGCCCGGCCCCGCCGCUCCCCGCGCCCGGCCCCCGCGCCUGCACUUGUUGCAGACUUCACGCCAGAUGGAAUUUUAUGACUUGCUGGAUUCUGAAUAGGAUGAGGAGAUGCGUCUUAUAAGAUACAUCACUUUGAGAUCACAGAAUGAAAACAGCAUGAAAUGUUAUGGCAAAGACAGCACAGCAAGAUACAGGAGUCUUGCAAAUCCUCAAAAAUCAGGUGCCUGGCAUACUGAACCUAUUGAUCUGUGUAGGAUUUGUGCUGUGGUCCAUUUAUUGAAGAUGUGAAGCCACGUCGAGUCUGAGAUUGGAAUUACUGACAGACUGGAGGAAAUCUUAGUCCUUGUGAUGCACAUGGACAUGCUGAAUUAUAAGUAAUUCUAGCUUCUUUUUCCCUCCCCUCCCUUCCCCUCACUCAGUUAUCUCAGGGUUCAUAGAGAUUUCAAUGGUUUGUGUGCCUGUAAGUUUGGAACAGAAGUGACCAAAAAUGGGGGACCAGCAAUUGUAUAAAACUAACCAUACUGCCAACAGCAAUGAGAACUUGUACUACCAACAACACCAAAUGAACUCCCUUCCAUCUCUAAAUCAUAGCUAUGGGACAUCUGUUAUGGAUGCUCGCCAGGCAUCCCCUCUCUCCCCCCAUUUUCCCCAAGAUUCAAGAGACAGUAUAGCUUUGCCUGUAGGUUCAAAAAGUCUUGGGUCAAUGGAUACAUCUAGACAAACCAGUUGGACACAUUCUGGCUCAGGAAACCAUGUCCCAGUGAGGAACAAUUUGAAUAAUCAAAGCGCAAUGUGGAGCCCCCUCGGACAGGGGGAGUCCCAUGAUGGAUACCAAUAUUCUUACUCUCAACCUAGUGAAAACCGAUCACAAAAAAUCACCAGUGGGGUCCUGCAUAAAUUGGACUCCUUUACACAAGUAUUUGCUAACCAAAACCUGAGAAUUCAAGUCAACAACAUGGCUCAGGUUUUGCACACUGAGUCUUCGAUGGUGGAUAAUUCUGGUGACAGUGCACUCAGGCAGCUGCUGUCCCAGAAGCCAGCAGUUGAGCAACAGCCUGUAACUUCCAGUGUACAAAGAUAUCAACCACUGCCACAGCAAACACACCAGAAUUUUGCAAGCACACAGCAAAAGCAACAAAUUCAAGUCAUGCAGCACCAACAGUUGUACUACGACUACCAGCAGCAUUUAUCACAAACGCAGAUGCAUUCUGCAUUUCAGCAAGGACAGACACAUGUUCAACAAAUGCAGUCCCAGCAGCUCUUACCACAACAGAUGCAGCACUUGCAGCAGACUCAAUACUACGCUCAGCCGCAGCAGGUACAUCAGCGGCUCUCGAUACAGGAGAUCCAGCAGCAACAGCCAACUCGGCAGCAGCAACAGCGGCAGUGUCCAAUGCAAAUAGCUCAGUAUUACCAAACUCAACCUGUCAUGCAGCAGUUACAGCAACAGCAGCAACAGAUGCAAUUGCCGCUUCCUCCAUAUCACAGGGAACCUGAUCCAAAGACUAUGCAUGAACCACACCAGUACUCUCAGGAUCCAGGUCAUCCUGUGCAGCUUAUCCAGUUGGGAGCAGUGCCUCAGUAUUGCUACCAAGAUCCCCAUGAACAGUACAGGCACUUGUACCCGCAGAGUUUACUGCAGCAGCAAGAUCAACAGAAGCAAUACUCAAGUGAGAACAGAGCACCAUCUCUGAACUCCCAUGUUGGCCUCACUCCACCAGGGACCACUGAGGAUCCCGCACGGCAGGAGAUUAAUUCUGUAGGUAAUGCUGUCCCUCAUCGAACUCUUUUGCCACCCUCAGGAGUUCAUCUGAACAACAAAAGCUCUCAGCAAGACUCUCCCAGCGCCGUGUGGCCUCAGCAGGUGCAACUGUCAGAUGGCAGACUGCAGCCGCUGUCCCCAGACCAAAGUGGCCAGAACAGAGAAACGCUUCCUGAGAGAGCUGAUGCGAAGAACAAGCUAACGUGUUCAAUCUGCUUGAAGGAGUUUAAGAGUUUGCCUGCUCUAAAUGGUCACAUGAGGUCACAUGGAGGAGUAAGAGCAUCUCCUAACUUCAAACAGGAUGAAGGAGAGAAACCACCACAGCAGCUGCUGCCUAAAGAGGUGGAUAGCCUCGCACCCAUCGUCAUGCCAGUGUCUGUCCCUGUAAAGCUUCUGUCACCUGAGCCCAGCACGCAGCCCUCUGCCAGCACUGCCACAGUCAAAGACAAGCCUGCCAACUCUGUGUCAGAUGAUGAGAUGCCCGUUCUCGUGAAGAUGACUUACUCUCCACCGUGCAGUCCAAAAGUGGGCAACCCCUGCUCAUCCUCUUUUUGGGAGAGAAAAGGGACAGUCUUUUCUGAAUCCUUGAGCUCUGAGUGGGAGAUCUUCUCCAGAGACAUCAGAGAAAUUAGCAAAAAACCUCAUCAAAGUGCUGUGAAAUUGGAAGAAAGCUUCAAACCAUUGCAGGACAAGAAGAAGUAUCGGCACAGACCCGAACCUCUUUUCAUACCUCCUCCUUCCUUCAACUUCAGCAUGUCCCACUCUGGUGCCACUCUGUACCAGAGCCAGCUUCGCUCUCCCCGUGUUCUCGGAGAUCAUCUGCUAGACCGGACGCAUGAGCUCCCCCCCUACACUCCACCACCAAUGCUUAGUCCAGUUCGGCAAGGGUCUGGUCUCUUCAGCAGUGUUAUCACAUCAUCUCAUAGCACCUCGCAUACUCAGCUGCCGCUUACUCCGCUGACAUCUACUCCACGGGUGCUCCUGUGUCGGUCUAAUAGUAUUGAUGGAAGUGUCAUUCCGGUGACACCUGGGCCUGGAGAACAGACUGUUGAACCACGAAUCAAUAUCGGGUCCAGGUUCCAGGCUGAUAUUCCUGAGCUGCAGGACAGAUUGCUAAUGGAGAAAGAUGUGCACAAGGCUACUUUGGUUUGGAAACCGUGGCCAGAACUGGAGAACAAAGUCUUCCAACAAAGAGUGGAAGACCUUUUAAAUAUGAGCUGUUCCAGUGUGUUACCUGGUGGAGGAACUAACUCAGAAUACGCUUUGCACUCUCUCUUUGAAGCGAAAGGAGAUAUUAUGGUUGCUCUUGAGAAGCUGCUGUUGAGAAAGCCAGUGAGAUUGAAGUGUCAUCCUUUGGCAAAUUACCACUAUGCCGGCUCUGACAAAUGGACGCAUCAAGAAAGGAGGCUGUUCAAAGAGGCAUUGUCCACCUACAGCAAAGAUUUCAUAUUUGUACAGAAAAUGGUUAAGUCUAAGACGGUUGCACAAUGUGUGGAAUACUACUAUACCUGGAAGAAAAUCUUGCGUUUGGGACGGAAACACAGAACACGUUUAGAGAAAAAAAGAGAGGAAUGCCUGACAAGUGGAGAAGAGGAAGUGUUAGAGGAAGAUGAGGAGAUCGAAGACGACAGAAAGGAAGAAAGGGAAAUGCAGAAGUCUCCUGACCCACCAGCUAUCCCUCUUGUUGGACCUAUAGAUCUGCCUGCCCUUCAGAGCCUUUCACUUUCUUCAUCCUCCUUCAUCUGUGAAAUGCCAAAUUGUGGCGCUGUGUUCAGUUCCCGACAAGCGCUAAAUGGCCAUGCUCGCAUUCAUGGAGGUACGAAUCAGGUGACAAAAACACGGUGCACCAUUCCAGGCACUAAGCAGAAAUCUGGUACGCAGAGUGGAUACUGCUCCAUCAAGAGUUCACCCGCCCACAGUACAACAAGCGGUGAGACCGACCCAACAACAAUUUUUCCUUGCAAGGAGUGUGGCAAGGUAUUUUUCAAAAUCAAAAGCCGCAAUGCUCAUAUGAAGACUCACAGACAACAAGAAGAACAGCAAAGGCAGAAGGCUCAGAAGGCUGCUGUGGCAGCAGAAAUGGCAGCCACUAUUGCGAGAACUACUGGGCCAGUUGGGCAUAGUUUGAUCCCUCUGGAUCACAUGAGUUUGGUUAAACAUGUUGAAAAUGUUGGUGACAUUGACGACGAUGUUGUUCAGGAGCUGGGUGAUGUCAUGGAAGAGAAUGAAGUCAUGGAUGCUGACCUUUUAUUGGAUGAUGAAGAUGCAGAUCUACUGCAGGAUGAUGCUGAGUUGUAAAUAAAGUUGUUUGAUAAAGACAGCUACUGAGCACACCCUGAAUGGAUCAAUCAGGAAACCUGGACUGCUUGUUUAUUCCCCAUUGAUUGUAAACUACCUGUUGAAAAUGAGAAUUCUUUUAUCCAGGUCUAGAAAAAAAAGAAAUCUGCUUUUUUCCCUUUUUUUUUUUUUUUUAAUUAAUUUGUGUUUUUGGGGAAAAAAAUAAAUAAUUGGUACAAAUAUUCUUAUAAGGUGUUUUUAUCUGAGCUCAUUUUGCUGAUAACUUCCAAGGCCACUAAUUAUAGAAGUUCAUGGUUCUGCUAUCACUUCCUGCCAGAUGAUCCUGGUAGGAUCUUUAGUCUUUAACUGUUUUCAUUUUAGCCCAAUUACAAGAGUGAUCUUCACACACUUCUGAUGGAGCUUUUUUUUUUUGCCUAUACUGGAUCACUUCCAGCAUCUUCUAGAGACUAAAUGUCACCUCUGUUAAGGAGAUGAUUACAUUCUUUGUCUUUGUGCUGUCAUUUUAAGGGGGGGGGGGGGGGGGACUGAUUUAACUGUGAAAUAAUUACAGGAGUGACAGUAUCAUCUGUAGUAUUGCAGUACUUUUUCAGUUCUGUCUUGCCUUAAUGCAUACAUGUUAGGCAGUUUGUAAAAGCAUUGGUUACACUGUACAUUUUAGAGCUUCCAUUUUUGCAAGGUUUUGAUCUGCUGAUUUUAAAAUGACCUAAUUCAAGAAUUGAAGAAAGAAGAUGAUUGUACUGUGGUUCACAUCAUCUGAUGGGAACACUGAAUCAGGAACACCGCCUUGGAAAUCAGAUUGCACUGGAAAUAUAUUUUGCUGUGACAAUAAAUCACACUGUUGAACAGCCAUCUCAGUGGUUUUAGGAGAGUGUAUGCUUGAGCAAUGCAGGAGCUUGCUCUCUCACCAGGCAAAUACAGGGAGAGGUUCUUGCCUGUGGAACAGAGAUUGAUGGAGUAUAUGCCUUCAGCACAUUUUAGUUAUUACUUGUAGGGAUAAAAUGUUAUUCUUGUGCCAUUUUCAGUCCUCCUCAUUACAUGAAAUUCAAAUGUUGUUUAUUUAGUAAAACAUACUCUAAAGGUGAGUUGACAUUGCUGUUUAAUAACCAUUUCUUCUCCGUUAGGUUCAGAUCUACAUGCUGGAUGUCUAACACCAUUUAUAUAAAUAUAGAUUUGGUUCUCUAAGUAAAUAAGAGCUCAAAAGAAUUGUACCUUGCAGAAUGAAAGAAUUAAGGAAGAAUUGGAGUUAGGUUGAGUGGACCUUUAAUUACAGAAUGUGAAUACUGAUUUUAGAGCUUUCACAGGUAGCAGCACUGAUUUUCUUGUGAAUUUUGCACAGUAGAAGAGUAUUGCUGACUUUAUAAAAUAUUUUAUAAGGCUGAUUUCAGAUCUUCCAGAUUUCAGGGUUGUUUGGUUUUUUUUAUGGGUUGGGUUUUGGUUUAUUGGGGGUUUUUUGCCAUGUCCUAAUAUCUUAAACAGAAUCUGAGAGAUGGUGGAUCUUAUUUUCUACUGUCUUUCUUCCUUGUAUAACUAUGCAAAAUGAGGGUAAAUCACAGCACUUUUGUAUAGGAGUACCGGACCACACAAGUUCAAAACCAGGGGGACUCAUUGGCAGAGAGGUGCCUUCUCUGUCAAAGCCAAGUAUGUGAAGCCAAAUGACCUGAAGUUUCUACUUAAGAUCAAAUCUUCUGAUACUAAAGAACAACCCUUCAGGAGAAUUGAAAUCACUUCACGGUUUCUGGUUAGUGACGUUCCUGGGUACAUGGUUUGUUUUAGUGGGCUUUUUGGGGUUGUUUCAGAGGAUAUUUAGUUGGUUUUGAUCAGCGGGUGGAAUUUCACUCCCUCUGCUACAUAAGGGAUCAUGUUCUCAAUGACUGUACCUGUGAGUUUGAGGAGAUCAGGCAGCAGCCGCCUUUUCUUUCAUGAACUGCCAGGCAGCAGACUUCCCAGCAGUUCCUGUCCGUGCUGUGACAUGUUACUUUCACAGGGGCCAUGCAACCCAGGUUCAGCAGACUGGGUGUUCAGCUGUAUGCUGCCAACUAGAUCCACUGAUAAUAAAUUUUGUAGAUUGUGCAAGUCUUAGUGGUUUGCAAAGUAGAGGCUUUUGUGAGUGGUAACUUGUGCUGACUUUAGGAGCCUGUGUUAUAGACAACCUGGCAGUCUACUCUUUCUCUUCCAAACUUGGAUCAUUUUGAACUUUUAAAGAUCUUUCUGAGAAAGGCUGCUGCACUGGAAAAUGGAAACAUGUUUUCAGGUUCCCCUGUUAGUGGUGGGGAAAAAAAAAAAGAGUGUUUAAGCAAAGUGAUAAUUGAAGUCAGUGAGAGUUCUGCUUGAAGAAAAGUAAAACAUAGUAGAAACUUGUGGGCUUGAUUCUGAAGAGCAGCUCUAUAUUAAAGAAUCUACAGUAGAACUUUUCUAGCAACAAUUGGACAGGUAUCUGUGCUAAACCUAGUAUAUAUAAAUAUAUAUACAUAUAUAUGCCUGGUUCUGUAACAUUAAUCGGGUGCUGUUUUAUUGUACAGCCAAGAAGAUAAUAGAACAACAAUAACCAAAGAAGUUAUUCAUAAAGGAAAGAAAAUGCACAUUUCUUAAGCAGUACACGAUUUAGGCCUCAGACAUUGACUUCAUUAUUAUUAUUAAGUGUUGCAUUGGCUGAUGUUAAACAGAUGCUGUUCUGCCUAUUUGUACAUAAGUUGGACAUAGUUUUAUUUCAGAAAAUUUGUUUUCUUGCUGAUGGUUGAUGAUGGAAAACUGUUCACUAUUGAACUUAGUCCUCUUUGAUAAAACCUGUACAUAGAGAAAACAUAUUUUAUAAGAAAAAUCUUAUUUUCAAUAUUUAACUGUUAUUUUAUUAGAAGAUGGUUGUAAAUAUUUUAGGUGCUUUAGUGUAAAAAGCAGACUGUAAUUUUAGGUGGCAGAGGAAGUAACAAAAUAAAAAAAAUAUACAUUUGA